AUGGCUGAGAGCUUAGCAAAAGCUGUAAAAGGCAGCUUGCCUGAACAACAGCAACCAAACCAGAAAGGUAAGCAUGGGGCUCCCCUGGACUGUCUGUCUCGCUAUCAUCACAGUAAUUAUGGCCCUGGGUAUCAUCAAGUUGUACUUGGAGAGUUUGAUAUGGAUUCCUCAGAAGAACAAGUUCAAAUCAAAAGUGUUUCCCAGGUCAUAACCCAUUCUUACUGGAACCCCUAUAACAUGAACUAUGACUGCACUCUUCUCAGACUGUCUUCCCCAGCCAACAUAAAUUACUACAUCUCUCCAAUCAGACUUGUUGCUUUUAAUGCCUACAUUCCAGGAGGCACAAUCUGUACUACUACUGGAUGGGGAUGGACAGUACCUGGAGGCGCCACCUCCAGCAAAUUGAUGCAAACUAAUAUUCCCAUUAUUGAUUCACAAAACUGUCAACAGUACUGGGGGAACCAAAUCAGCGACAUUAUGAUUUGCGCUGGUGCUUCUGGAUCCUCCUCUUGCUGUGAAAGCUUAGAUUAUGUUAAAAGGCUGAGUGGGCUUCAUUGUGAAGUCUACAAUACAUUUAUUUUGUGACUAUGACUGUAUGAGUUGGGGUUUUGAAUAACAUAGACUUAAGUCACUUUGACUAUAGCAGUAAAUUAAAAUCAAAUUAACUGUAUAAUAUAUGCUAGACAAUCUGUCUUUCCAACAUUUUGUAUGAGACUAUGGGACAUUUUUCGUUGCUGGCUAGAGUUACAUUUGUCAUUUAGUUGGGUUAUGGGAAUAAUGAGUUCAGUGAGUUCCAUAGCUAGCUCCUUCAAUUGGCAUUAAUGCUUCAAUUUCAAAUCAUUUUCAUCAGUUGAGAUCUGAGUGAGGUUUUCAAGUCAGCAUAGAUUUGAUAUCCCACUCCAACAGGGAACUACCUGUACAAUGGUACACAUACAAAUUCCUCGAAAUAACCUUCACUUCAAUGGGUGCACUGCAGCAUGACUGAAAAUUCAUGUUGAUAGAAUAACUCAACUUUGUUUUGUUCCUCUUUCUGAAAUAAAGUUACUUUGUCACUAACUGGUAGGUUUUUUGAUUGCCGAUAAUUUAAUUAGUUAGUCUUUCGUGGAAUUCAAUCUGUUGGAAAAAAUCUAAAAGAUGAAGGAAAAAAUUCUCUAAUGGGUACGACAUGUUAGUUUAGCCUUUUCAUUAGGAAUCUGGGACAUUACCAUAACUUUCAAUGGACAUGUGUUAUUGCUUUUCCUUUCAAAUUACAUAUACGUUCGUUCAGAAAGUUUUGCAGCAAAGACUGCUUGAAUUCCAUUUCAUUUCAUGGA